AUGGCUUCGCAUCAAGCUCUCAGAGCUGUGCCUCGAGCUGCCAGCGCCGCACCAUCGACGCUGCCACCUUCGACCACACGGUCCGUAUGGCCGCUCGCAGGACCAUCGAGACGACCCUUCUGCUCAAGUACUACCUACCGGUCUCACGAGAACCCUCUCGGCCUACCACGCAACAACCAAGGCAUACCUCCGACCAUGCCUCGCCGAGGUUCCGGCCCACCACAGCCACGUCGUAUCCCCAAUGUCAAACACAUCAUCUGCGUCUCGUCCGGCAAAGGCGGUGUCGGAAAGUCGACCAUUUCCGCCAACCUUGCCGCCGCACUCUCGCUCACACAGCCCUCCUCGUCAUCACGAAAGCCGAGAGUAGGCCUGUUAGACCUCGACAUCUUUGGACCGAGCGUACCCAAGCUCAUGGGAUUGGAAGGCAUGGGAGAGCCAGAAUUGACAUCCUACGGCGGAUUAAUACCGAUGAAGAAUCACGGUGUCAGCUGUAUGUCUAUGGGCUUCUUACUCGGCAACAACGCUCCCCGCUCCACCGCAGCAGGGGAUGAGGCUGUGGAGGAAGAAGAAAGAGUGGUAGCUUGGAGAGGAAUGAUGGUGAUGAAAGCUACUCAACAAUUGUUAUUUGACGUUGAUUGGAGGCUGAAUCCUCACGCACCGGCACCUUCUGCACCUCCGACCGAGAUCGACACUUUGAACGGACCACUGGACGUUCUUGUGAUUGACAUGCCACCAGGUACAGGAGACGUCGCUCUCUCGCUAGCUCAACUCGUCAAAGUGGAUCAGGCGCUUAUUGUCACCACCCCGCAAGAAGUCGCACUGCUGGAUGCGAAAAAGGGCGUUAGCAUGUUCAAGAAGACCAAUGUUCCGAUCGCAGGCUUGGUGCUGAAUAUGAGCCACUUCAUAAGCCCAGAUACAGGUAGAACUUUUGAGCUAUUUGGCAAGUCGACAGCGGUGGAGCAGUAUGCGGCGAGAGAAAAGUUAGAUGUGUUGGCAAGGAUACCGCUGCAGCCGCAGUUGAGUGCAGGUGGGGACGAGGGGAUACCUGUAACGCUGAGAGACAAGUUGCCGACGUUUGAAACGGAGAAGCCAGGGUCAGAGCAGCCGAAUCACAUCCGAACAGCGUUCCUUGAGCUCUCUCAGAAGAUGUGGUCUCGAUUAGGGCAGUAA